AUGGCCAUUGCAUGCCAUCCGCUCCUGUCACUCUCCCACGCCGAGGCACGAAGGCUAGUCGAUGUCUACGAAGACGAGUGCGGGUCUGUCUAUCCCCUCAUAGACAUCGUACAUCUUCGAAAUUUCACCACCCAGCUCUAUGAAAGCGUCACGGUUUCAACGAACCCAACGACAUGGAGAGCUUUCAAACUCGAUCAAUCUUCCAAAAGACAUUUCAAUACAUUGGAGAUCGUCCUCGCCAUCGCACUGGUCAUCGAAGGUCAUGGUGCCACUGAUCUCAGUUCAGCGUUGAUGGACGAGUUGGAGGCUGAGAUUGACCAUCGCCCCUCUGGAGUGUCUGCUGACACUCAUCUUGCCGAGAUCUUGACGCUUAUGAGUUUCUACCAAUUCUAUCGUGACGAAGAAGUCCUUGCUUGGCGAACAAUUGGACUUGCUGCAAGGAUCGCCCUGGAGAUAGGUUUGCACCUGAACGAUCCACCAUUUGCUACUUUCCAGAGCGUGCAAGAGCGAGAACUCGCAAAUCGGCUUUUCUGGUGCAUCUAUUGUCUUGACAGACGUUGGAGUUUUGGAACCGGUCUGCCAUUUGGUAUACAAGAAGACGAUAUUGACCCAAGUCUUCAGGAACCGGUUGAUUCAUAUCCAUUUCUUUUCACAAGCAUGAUAGCACACUCGAGAAUCGGCUCGAAAAUACUCAAGGCCUUCUCGGGAUCUGACCAUCUGGAGCUAUCACCAAAGAGAGAGGAGACUGCUUUUCUCAAAUACCAGGUUCAACAAUGGUACAACUCUCUCAUCCCGGAAUUGCGAAUCGAGCAGGGUCAAGAACCUGUUCUUGAAUCCCUCUCCCCAGCACGUAAUAGACUACGGGUCCUGAACUGUCUCCGAAAGAACCAGCUCCUGAUGAUGAUUCAUCGAAGGACUCUUUAUACACAAGCCUCGAUAAUUUCUGAUCCACAGGGGGCCAGAGUCGCUGUUGACCUGGCGAAGAACACCAUCAAUCUGUUAGUUAGACUCGGCAAAACCUCUGAGAUUUACCGCUCCCAUGCGGCUUGCUUCAACUACUUCCUAUACUCCACCUUGACGGUGAUCCUUCUCGCCGCGUACCACGCGAAGGCCCAGUUCCACGAGUACUGUCGAGAAGAGCUGCACAUGGCCCUCAACCUCAUAGGAGGCAUCUCAGCAAAAUCCAAUAUUGCUAGGAAGCUGUGGAAGAUUAUCAAGCACCUCAAAGUUACGAUCCCCGACACCGGCAUUCUACACUACAUGGAGACUCAGCAAGAUAAUCCAGGGCAGCAGCAGGAUCGACUAUCUCAUGCCAACCGUGCUUACCAGCACGAACAUAUAAUAGCCUUACCCGCACCGCCUAGCCAGCUCCUCAACAACAACACCAGGAUGGGCCCACCUCAGACAUCAACAAAUCCAUUGUCGAUGACCACUAGUACGGGGACCUCUACCGCAUAUGGCGACUCCGGAAAUGCAUUUUGCACAACUAGUGACUACGCCGUCGAUGGUAGCCUACUGAGUUCGGAACUGUCGGACCUCUUCCAGGCCAUCGACCCCACAAGAUAUAAUCAGACACCCUUGCAACUAUUUGACCCGCAGCAGCCUCAGAGCUCGUCUCAACCAUCGGUGCAUACAUCAGGUUUUCAUCUGCCAAGGUCGUUCUCGAGAGAUGUAAGGACUGUAUUCUGA